CGGGGGUGUUAUUUGAAUGCAGUAGUUUCACCUCUUUGGGAGGCACAUUGCCGUCCACGCAGCGGUAUAUUACUGUCGGAUAUCUUUGUUUUUCGCCUUCUUGGCUAGGUGAAAAACGACGGCACUCAUCCCCAGCGCCUGCGUCUUCACCGCCAGCGUCGGACACGGCAGAACAGUUCCCCCUGUUUCCCUGUCUAAAAUGUUACAUUUUUGAGCUUGUAUGACCUGGAAAUCUUCCUUACAGGUCGUUUCCGUUGUUUGCUGAGAAUCCCGAGAUUUCCUGUCCUCUCACAACUAGGAAUUUGCUAGGGGUUGCGCCCCACUAGGAUUUGAUUUCAGUGUGCCUUUGCUUGCGUGAUAGCAGGUGAACCAGAGCAUGAUCAGGACGACUUCUGCGGCAGACUUUGUGAAAUCCACCCAAGUAGAGUUGUGACUUAUUUGUUUGCCGUGUGUGUUAACACCGUGUUUCACGCUACGCGCCGUCGUCGAGCGGCGAGAAAAACUUGAGAAACCCAUUUUCAGCCAAGCAUCGUGAGUGCUUGUCGCGUUUCUAGGUCCGUUAGCAGACGUGCAGAAAUAAAGUUUAGUCCUAAACCAUAAACGGUCGCGAUGACUCACAACACACCCUGCAGGUCGACGAUACCACGUCUUGUUCCCUUCCUGACCUGCUUUGACCGUAACUCUGCUGUCACUUUAACUUCGAGCGCGCGGAAAACCUCUUUCGUGGGUCGUCGUUCCGGGUUAAGUUGCUCUGCAUCUAAUAGGGGCGUUCAUUUUGCCUCUUCCUAGCAUUUCUCGCAGCGUGCGUUCGUCGCUAUGGUAAAUCUUGUGCAAACCACCCUGAGGUGUGGUGAGCGUGUGUCUUGUUGGUUGUCCUCUUGGUCGACGGCUAAGGCGCUCGCCGUUCGUCGAUUCGAAGCUUUUCCAUUUUACUCGGCCCAUAAUCUUUUCAGGCUACACAUUGUUCCGAUUUUGUCGUUCCGACGUUCGCUGACGCCCGCCGUUCCGUGCGCUCGACCCUGGCACGUCCUGCUCGCGGGCACAGGGGGUUCUUUGCGUCGCUCCGAGGUUGUUCUUUUACAAUAAUGCGAAAAUUGUCUUGUUUCGGGGGGUCCGACGCCGUCCGGCUCCCUGCGUGUCGCUGUGUCGCGGACAACAGUGCCGCCUCCACCUGGGGUUCCGUUCGCGGGACUCAAGUUUCUGUUCCCCGCUCCCACAACGCAGCCUGCGACGGCGCGUUUUCUUCCAUCACGGAGCAGUGUCCUCGCCUUGAAGAAUGCAACUCUGCGAACGGGUGUCCCGGGUUCGCUCCGCAAGAGAAUCCUCCGGUUGCAGCCUCGCGGCAAACUUGCGCGACGAGUCGGGGAACAGCGAACAACUUGGAAGCGUGGGCUUCGUUGUUGACCGCUGCGGGAGGCCAGCAGAAAUGCGAUUGCUCGGCUCUUGCCAUCGGUGGGAAAGCCGCGUCGUGUUCUUGUCGUCAAGGAGCUGGAGAGGAAUUCCUCAGGCAUUCGCAGUUCCGGACUGCGGACGCGACGCAGAAGCAGCUGCGGUGCAGGCUCUCGCAGCGCACACCAUGUAUCUGGACCACGCCGCGCCGGGAGAAUCCGGCACACUUUUACUUCAUUCGUCUUCUCUGGUUAUUUGUUUACUUCCUCGUCGUCGACAUUGUCAUGGCGGUUGUGGGAGUCAGCUCGGACUACUUCUACAUGACGGACCCUCAGCCGCAGCUGAAGGACCGCGUCCACGACUGGAUUUUCGGCGGCACUCCUCCCUCGGCGUUGCCCGAGUACGUCGCAGACUGUCUGACUGUCGCUCUGCUCGUCUUAACUGGAGUUCGACACCUCUUUUUCGUUCGCCUUCCUCUCAGCGUCAUGAUUAUCUGCCGCUGCAUCGCAAUCAUCAUCACCGUCUACGUGCUGCGAACGAUCGCGAUCUUUGUGACGACGAUGCCCGCCCCCGUCGAACCAUGCACACCGCCUCCGGAGAUCGCCACUGCGAGUGGCUUCAUGAUGCAGGCGUUUCUCGCCGCCUCCUUCCAGGUCUCGCUCUGCACAGACAUGAUCGUGUCUGGACACACGCUGACGACUUCCAUUUGCAUGGCCACCUGGCUCUUCUACAACAACUGCAACAAGAACGACGACCGGGACAGCGACGUCAUUCUCUUCUACUACUUGCUCGACCAGGUCCGCUCUCGCUGGGCUCGGUGCCUUGCGCGCUGCAGAUCCCGAGCGGGAAGAGGCGGACACAAGAAACUCAGAGACCAGAUGCGCAAAGAACACUCAAAACCCGCGUCUGCGCGAGUCGCGUACAGUCGAAGUGGAGGUGGACGGACGCCUCUCCGUGGCUACGCGGAAGUCGCAGCGGACGGCCGAAGACCUGCCGACGAGGCCCCCGAUCUGCAUGCGUGUGAAAGCGUUGUGGAGAAGGAGGUUCUUCGAAUCCAAACAGGCGACGGAGGGAGCUCUGGAGGCGGACGCCAAUCGUCUGCAGUUCGAGGCGGUGAGGCCGGCAGCGUAAAAGAGGAACUCGAGGAAAUCGCUCUUAAUGUCGAAAGCUCCUCUAGUCACCCGGAGUCUCCCCACUGGCUCACCAGCGAGCAGGAAGAGGAGGUAGAUGGGCAGCAGCUCGAGGUACCGGGAACUGUGAGGCUUGCGGAAGCAAAGCAGGAACUCUGUGCGACUUUUGGAGAGUCCAGCGAAGACUCUUGCACGCAGCAAAAGGAAACGGCCUUCUCUUUGCGUCGAGGAAAAGCGGACGGCGAAGUCCAGCUUGCAUCGCGGAUUGGAGACCGGUCUGCUGAGAGGCACACCUCGAAGUCGGUCACGAAAAAGAGCAAGACAAAGUCUUCUGGCGCAUGGCUUCACUCCUGCUGGGCCAAAAUGUGUGAAUGGAAUCUCCUGGGCGUCUACUGUGUUCUCCACGGAGCGGCGACAAUCGUCGUCAUCGACUUCUCCUUCUGUCACUACACCGUUGACGUUUGCUUCGGCCUUCUCGUCGGCUUCGCGAUCUACACCGCGUACCAUAUGAUUCUUUCUCUCAUCUGGGUGGAGAAAGCCAACGCGGCAUGGCUCGCAACUGUGGCGACCGGGGACGGCGCUGCGCCUUGCUCCGGGUGUCUAGACACGGAAACGUCCCGCCACUUCGGGAAGUCGCACGACGAGGUCGAAACCUUCAGACAGCAGUCAGGGUCAUCAGGAGCGAUGGAGACUACCAGAGCACAUGCAGCGGCAGGGCGGAAAUUCGAUGGUCGCUCGUUGGUAGACGGGCUCCGAGGAGAAGUCUGCGACCCGCGAGCCGUUGCUGCAGCCGCGAUUCUCGACUUCCCUCUCAUUCGGAUCUUCGCAUUCUUGAUCAGGAGACUGGAAGGUCUCGACUGAGGAAAGAGUUGCUCCAUCGUCUUGGAGAAGCUGCAAAUGUAUCACGUGGACGCGAUUGUGAGCAGUCCAAGACUGUGGACGGUCUGUACUUCUCGCCGCCCGUGGGGGGACAGAGAAGACUCACAACGUUCCAGAGAGGGAGAAGUAAAGGGCACGAGUGCAAAAUGGUUCUCACGCAGUGCGGGGAAAGCAGCUUUUCCUAGUCUUUCAAAAUCCAACUGUUCGCUCUUUUUUUUGAGAGGCAGGCGUGCUGCACGGCUGAAAACCAGGAGUGGCGGCAGUGCGGAAGGCCACUGAAAAGCUGUUGCUUCUGAAUUGUUCGAUGAGAAAUACCGAAGAUUUUGCAAGUGCGCUCAUGAACAUCUUGGUUCUGUCAAAGCGGGCGCCGAAGGUGGAACCCACAGGUGCAAAGGUAUAUUUGUAGUUACAUUUAUAGAUAGAUAGGUAGGCAGGGCCUUCAGAAGUCGGAGUGACGUUAUGGUGGAGAUACACGGAGCAUUGCAAAGUGUCUUGGUCACCGGGACUAGGUCGCUGGGCAAGCGUUUGAAAACAAAGUUGUUCACUUGUUUGAAAACGAAAUUGUUCAUGCAUGUGUCUUAACGGAGUGUGAGCUCUCCAGUUCAAACGACAGGUCGUUAUUUUGUGUGUAUAAAUUAUUUUUGUAGUUCUUGACAAGUGGGGUAAACGGGGUGGCGAAACAGUCAGUCGUUGCCUCAUCUGCGGGCCUCAAAAAAGUGCGAGAAGAAGCAUGUUAUGUUCCGGUUUCUGUUUGGCUCGGGAGCUUGCACGUUAUAGUUUGCUAAACGCGUAAAAACGACAUGACCGUGACUAAGUACAGAUUGUCAGAGAUACCUUUUCUAGGUUGUUCGGUCUGGUUGAGCAACAUGGACGGGGGUAUCCGAAACACCGUCGCUGAUCCCCGCAGCCGACACCACGCAAGGGUCGGGAGGCGCCUUUCGACAGCGAGUUUAUUGUUUUUACAGUUGUGCCUUGCCACUUGCGGCAAGAACGUUACAGGCACGCACAAUAUAGACUUUGA